CCCGAUACAUUACAUUCAAAAGAAAACAAGUUCCCACUCCCCCAUACCGCCGUUCUUUUCCACUUUCGGUUCUAGAUCCCGUUUAAUUCACCAUGGCGAAAAAGGCAUUGGCAAAGGAUCAAAUUGUGAAGCUCAUCGUGGGCGCUGGACAAGCCAGUCCCAGUCCCCCAGUCGGUCCAGCACUGGGUAGUAAGGGUGUCAAGAGUAUGGACUUUUGCAAGGAAUUCAACGCCCGGACCGCACAUAUCAACACAGGAGUACCGGUCCCUGCGCGUGUUACCGUUCGUCCCGAUCGCUCCUUUACAUUCGAUCUUCGCACUCCGACGACGACCUGGCUGUUGCUGCAGGCCGCGAACGUGGAACCCCGCAAGAACCGCGUGCGAGGAGCCAUGAACCCAGGCCACGACACCGUUGGCACAGUAUCCCUGAAGCACGUGUACGAGAUCGCCAAAAUCAAGCACUCCGAAACUAGACUAUCAGGAUUGAGUCUGCAGGGCCUCUGCAAGAGUGUGGUCGCUCAGGCGAAGUCCAUUGGCAUUCAAGUUGUUCCAUAAACGAGAAGGGGAGGAAUAAGAUCGACUGUAUAUCUAUUUAUAUGAAGUCCCUGCUAUUGUGCGACUGCUGCGACUACUGCUGUGGAUUAUGAUACUGGCGUUCGUGGGUAUGGAAUCAGUUUUCGAUUGUAUUAUA